AUGGCUGCUAAUGCUACAGAAGCCAUUAUCAACAAACGCCUUAACGAUUUUUGCCUCGACAGCGAGAUCAAGCUGAGUGCGUCUACAGCUGACACCAGCUGUUGCUCAGGUGUUCAUGAUCAUCGCACAAUUGACCAAUCCGACUUCCCUCCUAUCUCAGAGGAAGCACGAAACUUCUCUGAAAGGUUGCUAGGACAGAAUAAGGCAUGGGCCCUUAAGACAGAAGAAGAGCGCCCCGGCUUCUUUGCAAAGCUGGAAAAGCAACAGAAGCCGCAGGUGCUGUGGAUUGGCUGUUCUGACUCGCGAGUACCCGCAAACCAGAUUGUCAAUCUCGACCCCGGAGAGAUUUUCGUGCAUCGCAACAUUGCCAAUGUCGUGACUCAUACAGACAUGAACCUACUGUCGGUACUCGAGUAUGCCGUCGAUGUCCUUAAAGUACGCCACAUUAUCGUCUGUGGACAUUAUGGCUGCGGUGGUGUUGCAGCUUCAUUGACACAAAAGCAAAUCGGUAUAAUCGACAACUGGUUGCGUAACAUUAAGGAUCUGUACACGAUCCAUCGAAAGAAAUUUGAGGCCCUCCCAGAGGGCAGUAGAGAACAGCAGGAUUUGUUGACUGAGCUUAAUGUGAUCCAGAGCGCGCUCAACGUCUGCCAUACCUCGAUUGUUCAGAAGGCUUGGAGCCGUGGUGCGGAGCUUAGCAUCCAUGGAUGGUGCUACCGCUUGAGCGAUGGAGUGAUCCGCAAUUUAGGUCUUUGCAUUGAGGGGCCUGGCAAUGUUGAAGAUGUCUAUCAUCUUACUGAAGAUGCUCGCGCUAAAUGA